UCUAAACUUCUCUUCCUUUCCAGAACCUCCUUAUUCUCUCAUCUAAUCCCUCCCUCCGUCUCAUGGCCGUCGUCCGCGAGCGCCGCCACCUUAAUCUCCGCCUCCCCUUACCCGAACCAUCCGAGCGCCGCCCCCGUUUCGCUUUACCAAUCCCUCCCAGCUCCACCACCGCUGCCACAAACACCUCCACCGCAAACAUAUCCUCCAACGACCUCGAAAGACUCCACGUCUUAGGCCACGGCAACGGCGGAACCGUAUACAAAGUCCGUCACAGGAAAACCUCCCAAGUUUACGCACUGAAAGUAGUCCACGCCGACAUCGACGACGCCAUCAUCCGCCGCCAAGUCUUCCGCGAAAUGGAAAUCCUCCGCCGGACUGACUCACCGUACAUUGUCCACUGCCACGGUAUUUACGAAAAGCCCUCUGGCGACAUAGCGAUUCUAAUGGAGCAUAUGAACUCGGGUACGCUCGACUCAGUUUUGCAAAAAGAGGGCACGUUCAGUGAGUCAAAACUCAGUCAUAUAGCUCGGCAAGUACUCAACGGGUUAAAUUACCUUCACACCCAUAAAAUUAUCCACCGUGACAUAAAACCCUCGAACUUAUUAGUAAACAAGACGAUGGAUGUAAAAAUUAGUGACUUCGGGGUCAGUAAAAUUAUGUGUAGAACUUUAGAUGCUUGUAAUUCUUACGUGGGCACGUGUGCUUACAUGAGUCCGGAGCGGUUCGACCCGGAUACUUACGGCGGUAAUUAUAACGGUUAUGCGGCGGAUAUAUGGAGCUUGGGCCUUACUUUGUUGGAGCUUUAUUUGGGUCAUUUCCCGUUUCUGACGCCGGGUCAACGACCCGAUUGGGCUACUCUUAUGUGUGCUAUAUGCUUUGGUGACCCGCCUAGCUCGCCGGAGGAUGCGUCGGAGGAGUUUAGGAGCUUUGUGGAGUGUUGCUUGCAGAAGGAGUCGAGUAAACGGUGGACGGCGGCGCAGCUGUUGUCGCAUCCUUUUGUAUGUAAGAUCCGAGAUCCGAUUGAAUGAAACCGGAGAAUUGACCCGAAUACUGAAAUUUGGUUUCGGGUCUUUGGUCUGAGUUUUUGUAUAUAUUGCGGCCGGAGUCGGAGAAGUUUUAAUUUUAGUUUUUUUUAUUAUUUCUUUGUAUAUUCUGGUAGCUGGUGAAUCUGCUCUUAAAAAAUAGAGAAAAGUCAGAUUUUCUAUUCA